AUGUCAGAGAGCGACAAAUAUGAGGUCUUGGAGAAGAUCGAGCUAACAGUCUCCCUCCCAACAGGCCAUGGCUCCUUCGGAGUCAUUCGCAAGGUCCGAAGGCGCACCGACGGACUGGUCAUGUGUCGAAAGGAGAUCAGCUAUCUCAAGAUGUCGCAAAAGGAGAGAGAGCAGCUCCACGCCGAAUUCCAGAUCCUGUCCACCCUCAACCAUCAAAACAUCGUGGCCUACUACCACCGAGAGCACCUCAAGGCGUCACAGGAUCUCCAUCUCUACAUGGAGUAUUGUGGAAAUGGCGAUUUGGGCCGAGUUAUCAGGGAUCUGUCGACCAAGAACCAGUAUGCCGAAGAAUCAUUCGUCUGGAGUAUAUUUUCCCAGCUGGUCACGGCAUUGUACCGGUGCCACUACGGACUGGAUCCGCCAGAGGUUGGAAAGAAUGUUCUCGGGCUGGGCCCAGCCGCCAAGCCCAAGGUGCCGACUGGUUGCAUGACCAUCCUGCAUCGCGAUCUCAAGCCGGAAAACGUCUUCCUCGGGGAGGACAACUCGGUUAAGCUCGGUGACUUUGGGCUGUCUAAGAUGAUUCAGUCCCAUGACUUUGCCUCGACUUAUGUGGGCACGCCAUUCUACAUGUCUCCCGAGAUAUGUGCAGCGGAGAAGUACACCUUGAAGUCCGACAUAUGGUCAUUAGGGUGUAUCAUCUACGAGCUCUGCACACGCGAGCCGCCUUUCAACGCCAAGACGCACUAUCAGCUUGUGCAGAAGAUCAAGGAGGGCAGGAUCGCAGCCCUUCCGACCGUCUAUUCGGCAGAGCUCUUCGCUGUCAUCAAGGACUGCCUCCGGGUCAAUCCCGAUCGGCGACCUGAUACUGCGACGCUCCUCAAUCUACCGGUAGUGCGGUUGAUGAGGAAAGAGAAGGAGGUGGUUGAACUGAGCAAGGUGCUCAAGACCAAGGAGGAGCAGCUCAACCGUCGGAUCCGGGAGUAUGAGCUCAAGACAUCAAGCAUCGAUUCCGACAAGGCAUUGAUCAGACAAGAGAUCGACGCAUCGCUAAGACGCGAAUGGGAGGUGAAGGCACGGCUCGAGAUCGACAGGCGCGCCAAUGAAGAGCUGGAAGUACUCCGCAGCAGAUUUGAGCACGAGGUGCAGGCCAGGGUGGAAGCCGAGCUUCAGUCUCAAAAGAAGACUGUGACUUUCGACACGGCCGGCGAGUCUCACGACCUUUCCUCUUCGGUCGCCAAGUCAGACUACCCUCAUUCAUCUGUCGGCGCCGGUUCUGUCGGGGCCAUCAGCACUGCCGAUAGCGCGGACGGCGAGUUCCCCUCAACAACUGACAUCACUGAGUUGUCCAUUGACUCCCCUGAUAUGUCGAACGACAAGGUGAAGAAGAGCAGUCGCACGCCAUUCGCGCGAGCCCAGACUAUGUUCGUGGGCACUCCCAUGGAUGUCGAGAUGGGAUCCCCUUCGCCCGUUGCGAUUGCCUCGCUUUCGCUGUCUCCUCGACGAACCGCCACCACCAAAGCACCAAUGACCCAUAGCGGAAACAUCUUUUCCAUCCCGGCGUCCGCCACGGAUGAUCCUAAGUGGAACUCGGCACGGGAUACUCCAGACAUCCCCUCCGACUCCGAGUCUGAUGACGAAGUAAUCAUCCCCUCGCCGACGCGCAUGAUCAAGUCCAACAAGAAUCCCUUCACGUCCAAGACAAGGCCGGCCCUGCUUUCCCAAAAGUCGGCGCCGAUCAACAGACUCAAGACACAGGCGCCGACACUCCCGGCACCCUCCAAGACAACAAGUGCAGUGCCUACACUUGACGGCCCUCGCAAGCUGCACUUGGCCGCUGGCGGCUCUGGUGAGCGAGGCACCUCGCCCAGCCGUCGGCUGAGCAAGAUCCCGUCUGUGGCGAACCUGAACAGCGGCAGUGGUUCCUCCAGCGACGGCGGCGCCACGCAGCCCCAGAGCUCGGCGCGCAAGACUUCCAACACUAAGAAGGAGAACGAGCUUGCGCCCGGUCUGGUGAGCAAGCAGAAGCCCGGCGUUCGCGGACGCACCCUCGUCGAGCUGCAGCAAGCUCGUGCCGGCGGCCGACCCCUGAGCGCCGUCUUGGGAGCUGAGGGUAACAACGUCAGCCCCAAGAGAGGCGUCCGUGAGCACGCCGGCCUGGCUAACCACGGGAGUGCCUUCUCUGAGCCCGCUGCUGUCUGGGAUCCCGAGAUCGACGAGAUGCCCAGCCCCUUUCUUGUUCGCCGCAAGCCCGUGGGCAGGUUCUGA